ACGCGUUCAGCUACAUAGCACUUUCAGACCAUGAACUCAUUCAGCUGGUAAACCGUCGCAUCCGAAUGAUUGGACUACUAGCCUCGACAGGUCGUAGAGGGCUCACUAACUCAAACCCAUGCAUUGCUCUCCUCCACCACACACCAUCUUUUCAGCGAGGUUAUGCCCUUUCUCGAUUUCCUAACCGAAGGACCGGUUUUGGAAGGGCUCCGAGUUCAGGACGCAAACCUACCCAAGGAACCGUGUCGUCCGCUCAGGAUGAGACAUAUGAUUCUGCGUCAUUUCGAUUUACAUACGAGUCACGGUCCUCUGCGGAUGAUUCGCAGCUUUGGGAUGCGAGCCAGAGAACGCCCUCCAGUAACCCGGAGGAGGGUUUGAAGCACCUGUUACUAAAUAAUAAUACGUUGGUAAUAACAAGGAAGCUUGAAAUGCUGAGCAUAUUCAUGGGUUUUGAACAGUCGAAUCGAUAUACUAUUUCGAACGAAGCUGGUGAACCGCUUGGUUACAUUGCUGAAGAGCCACGAGGUGUCCUGUCGAUGUUUGCCAGACAGAUCUUCCGCACCCAUCGUCCAUUUCGUGCUCUAGUCAUGGACCUCCACGGAUCACCUAUUCUCUGGAUUCGCCGUCCAUUCGCCUGGAUAAACUCACGCAUGUUCGUUCAACGAUUAAAAGACCUUCACGAGUAUACACCAGAAGGAGAACCUGUUCUAGAUACCUUCGCAGAAGUACAACAGGAAUGGCAUCUUUGGCGAAGACGAUACCAUCUCUUUCUUCGUGAUCAGCCUAGGCGCAUUCUAUCUACCGCCUCCGAGCCCCAGCCCGAGCCUCCGAUAGAUUCAUUCACCCAAUUCGCAAAGAUCGAUGAGGGGCUCUGGGCGUGGCACUUUAACAUGCUUGAUGCGCGUGGGACACCUAUUGCGUCAGUCAAUAGGGCAUUCCGCGGCUUUGGAAGAGAGAUUUUCACUGAUACAGGACAAUAUCUCGUGACUUUUGACGCCACGCGCCAAGACGGAUCCGAGACGCCAGAGCGGCCCACGGUGAUCAGGAAUCUCACUCUUGACGAGCGUGCUCUCGUGCUUGCGGCAGCAGUUAACAUCGAUUAUGAUUAUUUCUCGAGACAUUCGGAGGGUCAUGGAUUGGGGUUCCCGUUGUUGUGGAGUUCGGGGGAAUGAAGGUAUUCGGUCACUGUAUUGCAUUGCUUUAUCAUAGAACAAGUAUCGAGGGAAUUACAGUAAUUCAGUUCAGUACCCUUCCCUACGCACUCACCAUGUUCUG